AGUGCACAUGCGGUGAGGAAGUAUGGGUUUAUAGUCCAGGUGGAAGUGGGAGAAGGUCCUGAAGGACUUCCUGUAAGUUUUUGUGGUGUGUUUUAAUCUGCUGUAGAUCCUAAAAUCAUCAUCAUUAAGUGUUAGACUGGGUGUCCGACACAAAUCCUAGAGCAGACUUUGUCCUAUCAGGCGUUUCAAUCUGUCCCGUUACACAAACACACACACAUCCCAGACUUCCUCUACUCUUCCCACACACACACACACACACACACACUCUCUCUCUCUCUCUCGCACUCAGAAACGGAAACAGCAGGUCGCAGGGACACAAGGACGUCGGUCCACACGCAGGCUAGAGAUGGAAAGCAUUAACCACAGGCUGAACAAAUAUUUUGACUCAUUUAUGGGUCCCAGGGAUCCUCGUGUGAGAGGCUGGUUACUCCUGGAUAACUACCUGCCCACUCUGGCCUUCACCAUCAUAUACCUCCUGAUCGUGUGGAUGGGGCCGAAGUACAUGAGGAACAAGCAGCCGUUCUCCUGCAGGGGGAUUUUAGUGGUGUAUAAUCUGGCGCUCACGCUUCUCUCCCUGUACAUGUUUUAUGAGCUCGUGGCUGCUGUGUGGCAAGGCAGCUAUAAUUUCUUCUGCCAGGACACUCACAGCGGAGGAGCAGCUGACGACAGGAUCAUUCACGUGCUCUGGUGGUACUACUUCUCCAAGAUCAUCGAGUUUAUGGACACCUUCUUCUUCAUCCUGCGCAAAAACGACUACCAGAUCACCUUCCUGCACAUCUACCACCACGCUACCAUGGUGAACAUCUGGUGGUUCGUCAUGAACUGGGUGCCGUGUGGACAUUCCUAUUUCGGCGCCACCUUUAACAGCUUCAUCCAUGUGCUGAUGUACUCUUAUUACGGGCUCUCCGCCAUUCCUGCCAUGCGUCCAUACCUCUGGUGGAAGAAGUAUAUAACGCAAGGACAGCUGAUCCAGUUCGUCCUGACCAUGUUCCAGACGUCCUGCGCUGUGGUGUGGCCCUGCGGCUUCCCCAAAGGCUGGCUGUAUUUCCAGAUCAGUUAUAUGAUCACGCUCAUCAUUUUCUUCCUAAACUUUUACAUCCAGACGUAUAAGAAGCACGGAGCCGGGAAGAGAAAGGACCACAGACAUCAUGCGGUCAAAUCGGCGAACGGCCAUUCGAACGGCGUGACUCAUACAGAAACAGUCACGCGCAGGAAGCUGAGGGCAGACUGAGGACUCGUCCUUGGACCCGGUUCCUCUACCUCCCUGUAGCACUUCUGUGAACGUCUGGAAAGACCUUCCCCAAUCUAAACACUGCAGAGAGAGAGAGAGAGGAGAAGAGAAAAUCAAAGUUAAAUCCAUAUUAAUCUUCAACAAGGUCGUAACUUUAGGUAAAAUAGAGCGUAGAUUGAAAAGGAUCUGAGUUCCGUGGAAACUCGUAGAGAAAUUGAUUGCGUUGUAUGUGUGAGGGUCUGGAAAACCCCGGGACAUACUGUACAUGGGUUUUUUACGGUUAUGUUCAUUAUAUAUCUUUUUUUUUUUCUUUUCUAAAAUCUGAAGGGUUUUUUCACGGCCCCCACACAUAUUAACUUCACUGUUCCACAAGAUGAGAUGAUUCUUUAAUAUAGAAGCCAAAAAUUCUCAUUAAAAUAAGACCUUCAAUUUUCAAAACAGUCGAAAACAGAAUUUAGUAAAUACCAGAGCAUUAUCUACAGUGUUUGGUUUUUUUGUUUGUUUGUUUGUUUUUUGUGGGGUCCAAAAUUUUUUUUUUUUUCUUAUUAGUGUACAUGUUCUAUUUUUUUUUUUAAUUUAAUGACUGCAUUCACCUGAGUUACAAAUAUUAACAUGGAUUUCCUGUAUAAGUUUUGCUCUAAUUACAGUGUAUUUGAGUCGAAUAGACGCGCUGUAAAUCCACGCUGAUCGGUGUUUUAUCGGAUCCAUGAAAAUCCAAACACCAAGAAACACCUGAAAAUCUUUAACAUUAAAUGACUUUACCGUGUUUAUUAUUUUUA